AUGUUCGUAGUCCUGUUGCUUUCGAGUUUUCUGGCCUCGACGGUUCAUGCGGCAUGCCCCGCCAACAGCAAGGAGUACGAUAACCAGUAAGUAUUUGAGAAAUUUUAAUUCCCUCGAAGUUCUUUCCGCUCUCAGCUUUACCAAAAUGGCCAGAUGCUAAUGAACAAUAAACUAUAAGAACUUGAAAAAAAUGAAUAUUUUGACUUUUUUUGUCUUAUUCACUUACUCGCUAUUCAAUUCAGAAACAGGAUAUCCGUUUUUUUAAUUCGAAAUAUCUUUUAAAAACUUCCUUCUCAACCGCCUUUUUAAAAACUUCUCAAAACCGAUUUCAACCAAAUAGAAAAAAAUCAGACACGUUUAAACAUUGCUAGAAAUAAAAAUCUCACAGGUUAAAAAAAUCUCCCUGAAGCAUUUUUUUCCAUACAUAAAGUUUCAAUGUAGAUAUUUCUCAUUUUUUUUAAAUAACAUGAAAAAUAUCUUUCAGAUGCUACGCCUUCCUCGGAACGGACUACAGCUACUCUUUGGCCACCAGCCUGUGCCCUUCAACUUUCGAUACCUGCAGUCACCUGCCUGUUGUGGCCAACGCCGCCCAGAAUAACUAUCUGACGAGCCUUGUACAAAGUAAAAAUUUUGAGCGAUUAUUUUCAACAAAAUCAUUUUCCCGUUUCAGACCACGGCGGAUGGAGCAUUUGGCUUCAAUACACCGCCAACGGCGACUACUACGUUGACGCUAGUGGCCACCCUCCAGUUUAUACCAAAUGGGCCAUUGGUACUUUUUCUUGAUAUUUUUUGUUUUCUCUUUUGGUUUUUCAGUGAUUUUGAAGCUUUGAAACAAAGUGUCUCGAAAAUUUAUAAACAAAAUUUUAUAUUUCUUGAAGAAAACUGAAAGAAAUAUUUUUUUUGGGUAAGCUACAAUUUUCGAAAGCAGUCAAAAAUCAAUAAAUCCAAGUUGAAGAGGUUGAAUUGCGUAAUGUUCCAUAAACGAGACGAGUUUGGCAUUCAAGUAGCCAAAAAUCAUUUUCAGGCGAGCCAUUCAGCAAUAGCGUCGGCUACUGCGCGACCCUCAGUAUGAACGGUUUUUGGUACGCUCAACCCUGCGCCAACUCCGUCAGACCGCUCUGCCAAAUGGACAAGGUUUGCUCGCCGCCGACGACUACAACAACUCAGCCGCCUCCUUAUUCGGGCUUCCCUCAAUGCGUUCUCAACUAUAUGAGUGAGUUCUUACUGAACGUAUUCGAAUAAAAACUACAUAAUGAAACGGAUCUCAAAAAGAGCCAAAUACUAAGAGAAAAAAGAAAUACUCAGGAAUUUUCCCUUCUUUCGGCGGCCAUACGUAGUAAAAAGUUAAAAAUCUGUGAAAUAGUUUAUUCCAAAUUUGAUUAAAACGUCAAAAAAUCUUUCUACUUUUACAACAAAGAAGUCAACUUUUUUAGACUACGUUCCUUGCCAAAGCGGAUGGACCUACUUCCCUCAGGCCUGCUCCUGCUACAAGGUUGAUCCGAAUCAAAUACAAAUGAAAUAAAAUAGUUUUUAGGUGCUGACAAACACCACCUACUAUUCCGCCAUGAAUACCUGUAGGUCUCAAGGAGGAAACCUCGCUUCGAUCCAUUCUUUCGCUGAGGCGGCCUUCAUCACAAGUAUGUUAAUAAAACAACUUUUUGCGACUAAAAAAGCUACAGCGAGCUUCAAAAGAAAGUGCUCUAGCUGACUAUGAAAGAUUUUUCCAGGACUCGCGGCUCAGACCAACUCCAACUGGACUCCGACUGUGACAUGGAAGGACAACAUCAUCGUUGGUCUCAACACCAACGGUAGCCAUCUCGUUUGGGAUGACGGCACGAAAUUUGACUUCCCUCAAAUUUUCGCUCCGGGAGAGCCCAGCAACUUCGUCCAACAGGGACAGGUAUAACUUCCCUCAGAAAUUAUGACAUUUGUGAUCUUUCAGCUUGUUCUGACGAGCCCCGCUGGCUAUUCCACCUAUUUGAAAAUGGCCGACUGCUCUUAUAACUAUUGUCGUUACGCUGUCUGUCAGAUUAAGGUGAAAUAA